AUGCAAGAGGAGGAGGUCGAAUCCAACGGGGAGGAAAAACUCCAGAGAUCCUGCACGAGGAGGGGCUGCAAACGCAGAUCUCAGGCAUCUGAGGGGGAAAGGCCCACCCUGGACCGGGGAGGUGCCUGGAGCUCAGAGCUCGUGGUCCACGAGCAGCUUCAGGGUAAGGAGAAGCCCCAGAAGUGCUUGAAAUGUGGGAAGAGCUUCAGCCAGAAAUCCAGCCUGAUCUGCCACAUGAAAAUCCACACGGGGGAGAGGCCCUAUAUAUGUGAGGAGUGUGGGAAGAGCUUCAGCCGGAGAUCCAACUUGACUGUCCACUUGAGGAGCCACACCGAGGAGAGGUCUUACAAGUGUGAGGAGUGUGGGAAGAGCUUCAGCUGGAUCUCCUGCCUGAUUGUCCACCUGAGGAGGCACACCGAGGAGAGGUGUUACAAGUGUGAGGAGUGUGGGAAGAGUUUCAGCCGGAUCUCCCACCUGACUGUCCACAUGAGGAGGCACACCGAGGAGAAACCCUACGAGUGUGAUAAAUGCCGAAAGGGGUUUCAGACCAGCUCUGAUCUCCUCAGGCACCAGCGCACUCACACAGAGGAGAGGCCCUUCCUCUGCCCCGACUGCGGGAAAGGCUUCAAGUACAACUCCUCCCUUGUCAGCCACCAGCACAUGCACACCCAGGAGAGGCCCUAUGAGUGUCCCGAGUGUGGGAAGAGAUUCACCCACAAGUCGAACCUGAUUGUCCACAAGAGGAUCCACACUGGCGAGAGGUCUUACGAGUGUGGGGAGUGUGGGAAGAGCUUCUGCCAGCGCUCCCACCUGAUCUACCACCUGAGGAGCCACACUGGGGAGAAGCCCUAUGAGUGUGAUAAAUGCAGGAAGAGGUUUCAGACCAGCUCUCAUCUUGUCAGGCACCAGAGGAUUCACACGGAGGAGCGGCCCUUUCGCUGCCCUGACUGCGGGAAGGGCUUCAGGGACAACUCCACCCUCGUGACCCACCGGCGCAUCCACAGUGGGGAGAGGCCCUAUGAGUGUCCUGAGUGUGGGAAGAGCUUCUCUCAGAGCUCUAACUUGAGCAGACACCAACAGAGCCACGGGGAGAGGCCCUACGAGUGUCCUGAGUUUGGAAAGAGCUUGGCCCAGAACUCCACCCUGACUGCCCACCUGAGGAUCCACACGGAGGAACAAAGCUAUGAGUAUGCAGAGGGUGGGAAGAGCUUCAGGACAACAUCUGAACUGACCAUCCACCAGAGAAACCACACUGGGGAAUGGCCUUUUGAGUGUGGGGAAUGUGGGAAUAGCUACCAGAGGAGAAGCCACCUCACCCGCCACAUGGAAGUCCACACAGGUCUGGAAGAGCCCUACAAAUAUGGGCAGUGUGGGAAGAGCUUCAUGUCAAAGUCCCACCUGAUUGGCCACCAGAGGAUCCACACUGGAGAGAGGCCCUAUGAGUGUAUUAAAUGCAAGAAGAGGUUUCAGACCAGCUCCUUUCUCCUCCUGCACCAGCAGCUUCAUACAGAUGAGAGGCCCUUCAACUGCCCUGACUGCGGGAAGGGCUUCAAGCAGAACGCUGCACUCAUCAGCCACUGGUGCAUCCACUCCAGGGAGAGGCCCUACGAGUGUUCUGAGUGCAUGUCCCCAGCUGUGUUCCUAAUUGUCCCCCCAUGCCACAUGGACUCAGUGCUCGCUAUCCUGGAUGCCUUUGAGUCCCCAGCCCAGGACUCUGGAUCUCCUUUGCCAGGAGUUCCGGAUCUGGCCUGGCUUCCAGGGAACACCAGUGGCACUGGGGCUCAUGUACCACCCCCACCCCCUCUGGGCUGGGGACCAAAGGCAGAACUUUCAGGACCCACCUCCCCCUUGCGGCUGGGGCGCAUGAGGGACGGCAGGGAGAUUCGCACCCCCCAAGGGGAAACAACUGACCAAACACCCCCCAACCCGCCAAGAACGCUGAGCUUGAAAGAAGGCGGCCGGGCUGCUCCCGCACUCAGCUGUUGA